GACCUCUCCUCCCUCCCAGCUGCUACAGUCCUGCUACUAUUCAUCCAUCUCAUCUCACUAGCAGCUUCUUCUCUCUCUCUCUCUCCAUGCCAGCCUAGCUAUAGCCAGUACUUAUCUCACUCCCACUCCUCGCAAUAUCUUCUUCUUCUUCCUCCUCAAUUUCCCCUUCUCUCCCCCCUUUUCCUCGCCGCUCCCGCUCCCACCCUUUCCAGGUGCGCAAGCGUUUCCACUAGCAGCAGCUGCUGCUGCGCUUCUUCAUGCAUGCACUGCUCAUGGCUCCGCACUCCCACAGUAGCUGCCGCCUAACAUCAACCCAGCAGUGAGUGAGGAGCUACCGCAGGAUUCCUGCUCAAUUCCCAUCUGCGGCGAGCGAGGGCCGGAGCCAUGCAGCAACCGGCCGACAUGCCGCCCUUCUCCCCGGCCGGCUGGCGUGGGCCCGCCGGGGCGCCCUCGCCCAUCAGCAGCCGCCCGCCCGCGCCGGCUCCGGCGCCAGCACAGCAACACCAGCACCAGCAGCAGAUGGACGAGCAGCACGGGGGGGCCGCGGUGAGCGGGUCUGGCUCGGGGAGCGUGGACGGCGGCGAGGAAGGCGAGCGCGGCGGGUCGUCGUCGGCGGCGGGCGGCAACCGGUGGCCGCGGCAGGAGACGCUGGCGCUGCUCAAGAUCCGGUCCGAGAUGGACGCCGCCUUCCGGGAGGCCGCCCUCAAAGGCCCGCUAUGGGAACAAGUCUCCAGGCGGCUGGCGGAGAUGGGGCACACGAGGAGCGCCAAGAAGUGCCGCGAGAAAUUCGAGAACGUCGACAAGUACUACCGCCGCACCAAGGACGGCCGCACCGGCCGUGGCGACGGCAAGACCUACCGCUUCUUCACCGAGCUCGAGGCGCUCCACGGCGCCUCCGCAGCGCACCACCCGCAGCCUGCUCACGUGGCCGUGGCGCCACCGGCCGCCCCAGCCGCGAGCACAAUUGGCGCGUACUCCGGCGUGCCCUCGGCGCCGCGUGUCCUCGCUCCAGAGCUGUCUCCGCCGCCUCUUCUCCUAACGCAACAGCCGGUGCCUACCGAGGCGGCUGCAUGCCUGACGACAACGACGGCGGCGGUGGGCGACGCGAGCUUCUCUGAUGACUCGGACGGGGAGGACACGGACGAGACGGCCGACGGCGGCAAGCGCAAGCGGCGGGGCGGGAGCUGGGGCCAUGGCGGCAAGGCCAUGAGGUUCUUCGAGGGGCUGAUGCGGCAGGUCAUGGAGCGGCAGGAGGCCAUGCAGAGCCGCCUCCUGGAGGCCAUCGAGCGGCGCGACCAGGACCGCAUGAUCCGCGAGGAGGCCUGGCGCCGGCAGGAGGUGGCGCGCCUCGCACGCGAGCAGGACGCGCUCGCGCAGGAGCGCGCCGUGGCCGCCUCCCGCGACGCCGCCGUCGUGUCCUUCAUCCAGAGGAUCACCGGGCAGAUCGUCCCCGUGCACGCGCCGCCAUCGUCCUUCCCCGCAAAGCCGGCCGCCACCGUCACCUCGGUCAAACCGCCGCCGUUGCAGCCGACGCCCGUCGCCUCCGUGGCACCUGCACCUCCCACGCCACGGCCGCCGGUUCAGGCGCAGCCGAACGUGACUACGCCAAUGAGAACACAACCGCAGACGCCGCCGCCGCAGCCACACGCAACGCCGACGGCGACAGAGCCACAGCCACAGACGCCGCAGACACAGAGCAAGGAGAUUGUCGUCCACGCGCCGGAGCAGCUGCCGGUGGACAUGGCUGGCGGGUGUACUGGCGGCGCGUCGCCGUCUCGGUGGCCGAAGGCGGAGGUGCACGCGCUGAUCCAGCUGCGGACGGAGAUGGAGACGCGGUACCAGGACACGGCGCCCAAGGGCCCGCUGUGGGAGGACAUCUCGGUGGGGAUGCGGCGGCUGGGCUACAACCGGAGCUCCAAGCGGUGCAAGGAGAAGUGGGAGAACAUCAACAAGUACUUCAAGAAGGUCAAGGAGAGCAGCCGGAAGCGCCCCGAGGACUCCAAGACCUGCCCCUACUUCCACCAGCUCGACGCGCUCUACCGCACCAAGGCGCUCGCAUCCUCCUCCUCCUCCUCCGGCGUCCAUGCGCCCGCGCUUGCACCAGCGCCAUCCCCGGCUCGCGUGGAGCCCGCCGCGGUCACCGUGCUUUCGCCGGUGCCGCUGUCUUCCCAGACGCCGCCACCUGCGGCGCAGCACGUCGAGCACGGGGCCAAGAACGUGAUCACCAACGGCAACGGCCAUGGGAACGGGAACGGCGCGGCCAUGCAAGUGAAGGCGAGCAACGGCUCCGGUGCUGCGGCGAUGUUCCCCUCCCCCGUCCAUGCCGCAGGCAACGCCGGCAACAACAACGGCACGGCGACGAACAAACUGGAACUGAAGCAAGAAGGCAUCGCGAAGGAGACGGCACCGGUGCAGCCGGCCGUGGCCAUGAACCACAGCUACGGGCGCAACGACAGGAGGGACGUCUACGACCUGGACAGCGACAGCAUGGACGAGGACGAGGAGGACGACUUCGACGACGACGACGACGAUGAGGAAGACGACGACGCCGUCCCCGGCGGCCGCAACAUCAACAUGCCGCCGGCGCAGUACGACGCCCACUUCCUCCAAAGGCAGCAUCAGCAGCAACAACAUCAGAACCACAACCACAACGUCGUCCGGCCCAACGCGGCGAACGGCAGCGGCAACCCGCCGGCGGGCAACGCGGCAGCUUCGUCGGCAGCGGCGGCAACAAGUGGGACGCCAUUCCUGGCCAUGGUCCAGUGACGACGAUCGAGCAAGACGACGACGACGACGCUAGCGCUACAAACCAAGAAACGCCAGGUGGUACCGAUCUCGAUCGACCCCUCUCUCAUGGCCCAUAAUACGGAUCUACAUCUCCACAUGCAUGCCCACUUGAUGUCUUGAUCGAUACCCCCUGCCUGCCUGCCUGCCGGUGCUAGCUAGGUAAAAACCCAGACCUGAAAAACCCUACACAGAAAUUACUUUUGCUCCUUCCAAUCCAAUCCAACAACCCUAAAUUAUUUCCAUUAUUGUUAUUAUUAUUCCUGGUGCACAUAUAUAUAUAUGGGCGGCGUAUACAUGAUGUACAUGUCACAUAUCUUCACCACACUGUACGUAGAGGCAUGGUAAAUUAAAAGGCGUGGGAAUUUCCGUUCUUUUUUUUAUUUUGAUGAAGAUACUUUUGGAGUUACCAUUUUUGUCUAAAAAAAAGUUACUGUCUAGCAUGUGUCAUGUAAGAAUUUUGUGAUCUUGUUAAAUGUUAAUGACUGUCAAGAACUUUA